AUGGGGAUCUACACAAGAGGAAGAAGCAAAGCUAUCAACUCUCCACGUCAUCUCACUCUCCGCCAUGCUCGUCGCAGUGUAGCCACAAGCAAGUUCAAUGCAGGCCUCACUGAAACGCACGAGGACCCUCCACCCCUUCUCAAGCCUGGCGAAGAGAAACUCAACUCCUUCUGGGCCCCAGGACUCGAGGCCGGCCCAGCUCAUCUGAUCAAAGCGACCCAGACAAUCAAGUCGCCAAACCCCGGAGAAAAUGACAUCAAGCUCGUCUCUAAGCAAACCUUCUACGUUGAUGCACCUCAGUUCUCACUACCCGAGGAUUCGGUUUAUUCUACAUAUCCGCCACCUGGAUAUUCUGAUGAUCAUCGCAUUCUUCCUCAUGUCGUGCUGAGUGAUCCUCAUCUUCCAUGGGAAAGACGCGGCAGUCCUAAGGAUGAUAAAAAGACGCCAAAAGAUGAACGCAACAAAGUUCCGUGGUUGAUCCUCCUCACCUUCACUGAGGAUGAACUCAAACUAAAACCAGAUGACCUUGGGACUGGGAAUACCUUCAAACAGACGGUUACGUUAUCUGUCAAGACGACUGUUGGAGAUGUCCAAGACCUGACAACCAAGGGAAAUGUUGUCAGCCCAAUUUCUGAGAUUUUGGACGUUGUCAAAAAUGACACAAAAGAAACAGAUAAGAUCAGAAAAUCUCAGGGCGAAUUCAUCUUCAUGAAACCUGAUCUCUUCAAGAGUGUCUUUUCCAAUUUUGACAAUAACAACGAACGUCAAGUUCCUGCCUCCCCCGACACGAACAAGUUCAAAUAUCUCUCUCACGUCAGAAAUAUCAACACCGCCGGUAUGGCUGUCGCAGGUGUUGAAGAAGUGGGUGUUUUCUCUGUGGUUGUCGGCAGUCGAAGUGGCCCUUUGACCAACAAGGCCCCAGCGACUGCUUCAGUGCAUCUUCUGUCUAUUGAGGGUGUUGAAGGCAUGAGCAGCUUUCCAGCUGACGACAAACUUGUUGCGCUCUGCUCUCUUCACAGCUGGAACUAUACUGUCAUGCCGCCUGGCAUGCUCAACGUCUUUGAUGCUUUCACAUCUCUAGGUGAAACAUUAGAUGUUCUCCGUCCCCCAGAAGAGAUUAUUAAGGAGAUUGCGGAGCCUAACGACGAGUUGGGUAAGAGACUCGCUGCUCGUCUUACAGAUGGAUAUUCCAUGGUCAAAUAUUGCACCCAGACAGGAGAACAUACAGUUGCUCUUUUUCGAGGACCAUUUACACCAAGCGUUGUUCUUCCAAACGAGUAUCUUAACAUAUGCUCUAAUUCUGGCCAGAACCUCCAGAUUCUCGAUCGAGAGGUUGGUAUUAUGGAUAUCAGCUAUUCAGUUGCUUGGCAAGUUGGUCGUACCAUGGCCCUCGGCGACCCUAACUUCUGCGGCGCUCUCUCACGAUUCCGCACUGCUAUUCAUCAAGGAGCUAUGAAAGAAGCUAAGAUCAAAGCGGUUCAGUCUGCUGCUGGUGGUUCCGAGAGGUUCCGUCAAAAGGCUGAUAUUCUAGCAAAUCUGUCUCAAACCAUCAAGCACCUUGAGAGGAUGCACCUGAACCACCAGGACAAGCACUUCCAGCUCAAGACGCCUUCUCAAAAGUGGCUCGGUCCACGACUGGGAAGAAAGGCAUAUCCAGCUCUUGGCUUCAACGCGAGCAAGAUCAAAGAUGAUUACCUUGAUCACGCGAAGAAGGUGGCUGAAGAUCUUGCACUGUCUACAGACGGGGUGAACAUCUACGACGAGACGAAUGAUCCCGUUUCAGAAGACUGGAAAGUCAUUCUUGCCUGGGUCAUGGAUCGUAUGUUUUUAGCCGGAGUUCCAGCCCACUACCUUAUCACUGACCCAAGCCACCUUGAACAUGAGAGGCUCAAGUUCUUUUAUGUUGAUCCCAACUGGGUUGAUGCCAUGAUAGAUGGUGGUUUGAGCUUGGCGAACCACAUGGGUGAAGACCGCGACCGCGAGGCUAUCAAACACAUCAUCAACAAUUAUGUCAAGCACAAAGCUGAGCACCAACUCCACACCCCUCAGAUUCCCAGCUAUGGCUUCUAUCUUCGUUCUGAUCUCGUUACUAUGUUCCCUGAUCUUAAGUCUGGAGACAAUAAAGUCGAGUCCCUUUCCGAACCUCCCAAAGAGGCUCAUCCUAAGAAAGCUCCGCUUCUCAGACACAACAUCAUCGCAGAUGGUGUUAUGCUAGCACUCUUGGACAGACACCCUGGAUCCGAUGACUUUAAAGGUCUUCUCUUUACUCAACCGCCUCAUCAACAGAGAUUCGCCGUGGGUCAUUCCCUAUCUGAUAGUGAGAUCGGUAUAAGCCUCCGUCGUCAAUAUACAGUGUCCCAAGAGAUACGUGAGACGGAUAAGCAUCGCCAUGAUCCCUUGCAAAAGUUCACCAAAACUCGUCGAGAUCGAGAAAAUUGGUUCAUCUGGAGCACCGAACCGGGUUCUCAGGCCAACGAUGUGCGCAUGCUUCGACUUCCCUACUUUGCUGAGCAGCAGAUACAAAUCCUGCAGAACAUGCCAAAGCAGGAAAACGGAGAGAAAUAUUUCGAUGAUAUUAUCCCCAACUCUGCACUUCUUGCUAUGCAGCUGGAUGAUCCGUACUACGAGUUCGCGGUACCCUUCAAGGACAAGCUGGCCGGUCUUGGUCCUGCACCUACCGAGUUUCGGACUCUGAACAUGACCGGACAUGCUCGUGUAAUGAGACUUGCCAAACAUGACGAUGACCUCAUCUGUCGUGGGGACGAGACCUCUGAGCCGAGUGAUUCAGAGUCUUCUCCCGUCGACACCCCAGCCUCGUCUGAUGACUCGCCAUUUUUCGAACGACAUGAAGAAUACUCGCCAGCAGCUCACGUCCUGAGGCACAAUAUCGCGCCUCACGUACGGCAGCCUCACGUUGACGAUGAUGGAUCUCAUGUAUCUCGCUUUCACUCAGCUAUUAGUACCAGUGGAUCAGGUGGUGGUCCAUCAAAUGUCCCUUCCUUCAACUGUGACAUUUACAGUCCAGGCAAGGAUGCUAUUCAUGUCAACAAAAAGAACCUUCCCGAUGAUCUAGUCUUCUCUGUGCUAGUCAGUGGUCAAGAGUAUAGCAAUGAACAUCUCAUCGAGUUCGAUAUCCUUGUCAAACUCGGCCCUGCUACUGACAAGCAUACGAAACUCAUGGAGAGCUACGAUGGGCCUGGACCUCGUAUGCUGAGUAACUUGAGGUUCAAUAUCUUGACGGCGAUCAUAGAGAAGAAUGGGAUGCAGUAUCUCAAGCUGAGACUGCUGCCUAGGAAUGCGAUUGGAUAUGUCGUUGCGAAUCGGAUGAGUAAUGAGGUCAGCUUUUUGCUGUGUUUGGCCAAGGUGAAUAUAUUCGAGAAGCCAGAGGUUCUGGUUAUGCUUGAAACUGAGGCGCAUUAUGUAAAUCGGCCUCAGGUUUUCAAGGAUACAUUCACCAUUAUGGUGAAGAAUGAUAGUCUGUAG